AUGGCGGCGGCGGUGGGGCGGGACGCUCUACCUGAGCACUGGUCCUACGGCGUCUGCGGCGACGGCCGCGUCUUCUUCAUCGACGACCUGGCCCGCACCACCACUUGGCUGCACCCGCGCACCGGGGAGCCCGUCAACUCCGGCCACAUGAUCCGCUCAGACCUGCCCCGAGGAUGGGAGGAGGGGUUCUCGGAGGAGGGAGCCAGCUACUUCAUCGACCAUAAUCAGCAGACCACAUCAUUUAGACAUCCUGUGACAGGACAGGUUUCUCCAGAAAAUAUUGAAUUUAUUUUGCGAGACGAGCAGAAUUCACAUAUGUCCAAGCAACAAGUAAACCAAAGACCUUCAAGUAUGGUCAGUGAAACAUCCAYUGCAGUAACUACAUCUACUGUUGAUGCAAAGCCUUCUGCUAAGGUUGUGAAAGCUGGCAGCAAAGUUCAUAGCUUUGGAAAGAGGGAGCAAGCGAUCAGGAGGAAUCCUAAUGUUCCUGUUAUAGUAAGAGGCUGGUUACACAAACAGGAUAGCUCUGGAAUGAGAUUAUGGAAAAGACGGUGGUUUGUGCUUGCUGAUUUUUGUUUGUUUUACUACAAAGACAGCAGAGAAGAAUCUGUUUUGGGUAGCAUCCCGUUGCCUAGUUACGUAAUAUCUCCUGUUGGACCUGAAGAUCGCAUAAAUCGGAAAUUUUCUUUUAAGGCUGUUCACACAGGAAUGAGGGCUUAUAUCUACAAUAAGAAUUCUGUCAUUGGCUCUCAGGCAGAGCAUUCGGGGAUGCGGACGUACUACUUCAGCGCAGACACGCAAGAGGACAUGAAUGGUUGGAUCCGAGCUAUGAAUCAAGCCGCCCUUAUGCAAACUCGYUCUUCACUGAAGAGAGAAAGUGAAAAAGUGGAUCAGCAAGCUGUUCCCCAAGCCAAUCAUGUGGAUGCCGCUAAAGAGCUUGCGAAGGCAGAGAUUUCAGAUUUAAAUGAAAGUUAUCAAAAAUCAGCAGAAACAUAUGGUUAUGAUAAGCGUGACGAGAUAAGAAGAGAAAAAGAGGAGGAGCAGCGUUACAUCCACCGAAAAGAAACUCUGGAAGCCAAGAAAGGAAAGGCCAAGCAUGCAUUAACAGAAGCUGAUUCAUUAUUUCCAGAUUUAAUGAGCGCACCCCGAUCCCAAGGAGCUCAGCCCCAGCCUGUUGAGAAGAAUGGGACGCUUCCCAGCUCAUUAAAUAGGAGCGCUGGUCUAGUGGAGCAGAAUGGGACUGGCUCUUAUAAAAGAGGGUUUGUUCCCAGAACAAAUCCAGAUAAACAGAUUCAAAGAAAAAGUAACAUGGCUCAAGUGGAGCACUGGGUAAAGGUCCAAAAAGGCGAUACAAAGAGCCUCGCUUCGGAUCAGACUCUCACACGCCAGGGUCCCAACCCUUCUCUGCCUCUUGCUGAGAACUAUCACACCUUGCCAAAGAACACCAGGCAGCCUUCAGGGAGCUCUUCCCCCCCACCAAACCGCAAUUUACCGAGUGAUUACAAAUACGCGCAGGACCGCGUUAGCCACUUGAAGAUGUCGCAGGAAGAAAGGAAGGCAAAUAAGGAUGGAACAGUUUGGCAGCUGUAUGAGUGGCAACAGAGGCAGCAGUUUAAACACGGCAGUCCCACUGCCCCGCUUUAUCCAGCCUUUCCAGACUUUGUUGAUCGUGGAAAGUCAAAAAGUUCUUUGGAUGUUCCACGGUCGAUAUCUGUCCCGCCGUCUCCAUCUGAUAUUCCUCCGCCUGGACCUCCRAAAAGUUUUCCACCCAGGAGACCCCACACUCCUGCAGAGAGGCUCACAGUUAAACCRUCUGAUGAGAGACAAACUGUAGAAGUCCCUUUUGCUGGAUCACCCAGGAAGAUUCGAAAUCAAGCUGUAAAGAGCUCGACCCACGUUGAUCGACGCUCCAUGCCAGCCAUGGGCUACAUGACCCAUACUGUAAGCGCACCCAGUUUGCAUGGCAAGUCGGCUGAUGACACUUACAUUCAGUUGAAAAAGGAUUUGGAGUAUCUGGAUCUAAAGGUGACGGGACGUGACACGUUAAAAGAACGAAGUACAAAACCUGUCAAGAUUGCAGAAAGUGAUAUUGAUGUCAAGCUAAGUGUUUUCUGUGAGCAAGACAGAAUUCUACAAGACUUGGAAGACAAAUUAAGAGCCCUGAAGGAAAAUAAAGAUCAGCUGGAGUCUGUCUUGGAGGUUUUACACAGGCAGAUGGAACAGUACAAAGACCAGCCACAACAUGCAGAAAAGAUAUCUUACCAGCAGAGACUUUUGCAAGAGGAUCUCAUACGUAUUCGAGCUGAAAUAUCCAAAGUUUCAACGGAAAUGGAAAAUGCCUGGAAUCAAUAUCUGAAAUUAGAGAAGGAUGUGAACCAGUUGAAGCGAGCCUUGCAGGAGCAGAUGAACAGUUCCCUUGUAUCUCAGGAGAAAACACAAAUACAAAAAGACCUAUGGAGAAUUGAAGAUGUUACAGCUGGCUUGAGUGUAAAUAAAGCUAAUUACAAAACCAUAGUAGAGUCAAUCAAGAAUCCAGAGAGAAAAGUAGUGCCUUCGUUUUCUCAGCCUACAGUGCCUUCCUUAGCAACUUCUCUGAAAAGUGCGGAGAACAAACCUUCCAUUCCACCAUCUAGUCCUCCAUCUAGUCCCCUUAAAUCUUCUGUGGAAGUCAGGCUAUAUCCACAGCCUUAUUUCCAGGCUAGAACACAGCAGCAAACACAGCAGCUGAAAAAAAUCGAGCCCCCUGUUCAGUCACCAGCUAAGCUAGCACCAAAGGUUGAAGAUGAAGCACCACCCAGACCUCCUCUCCCCCAGCUGUACAGUCCCGAUGAUCAGCCACCAGCUGUUCCACCCCUGCCCAGAGAAGCCACUGUCAUCAGACAUACAUCAGUGCGGGGCCUGAAGCGUCAGUCGGAUGAGAGAAAGAGAGACAGAGAACUAGGACAGUAUGUAAAUGGCGAUUAUAGGGUAGAGCUGCGCUCGUACAUGAGUGAACCAGAGCUAGCAACAUUAAGUGGGGACCUCAGCCAGCCUUCCAGUGGUUCAAUAACCUUGAACAGUGGAUACCAGACGUUACCUACCCGUGGUUUAUCUGGAUCUACUUCCAGAUUGCACCAAUCAUCUACCAUUUCAUCAUAUGCAACACUUCGGCGGGAUAGAUCCAAGGAGAGACCAAAGAGUGCCUUGGAACGUUUGUACUCUGGAGACCACCAAAGAGGCAGGAUGAGUGCAGAAGAGCAGCUGGAGAGGAUGAAGCGACAUCAGAAGGCUUUAGUUCGUGAACGCAAGAGGACUCUUAGCCAAGGAGAGAGGCAGUCUGGUCCAUCUCGGUCUUUCAGCAGGCACAUUUCUGCAGACUUAGGCUCAUGGAAACGAGAGCAAGAAUUUGAUUUGCAGUUACUGGAGAGAGUAGUUCGUGGAGAAGACAAGGAUGAAAACAGCUGGUUGAAAGUUCAGCCAGUGGCAGUAACAGAAACAGACCUGGAGCCUCAAGAUUAUGAUUUAGAUAUCAGCAGAGAGUUGUCAAAACCCGAGAAGGUGGCAAUUCCAGAGCGCUAUGUUGAGCUGGAGCCAGAAGAACCUCUUUCUGUGGAAGAGCUGGCAGCAAGGCAGCGUAAAGCAGAAAAGAUAAAGAAUAUUCUUACUAAAUCAAGUAUGCACAAUCUACAGCCUACUCUUGCCCAGGACAAGCACAACUCAGUUGAUUUAGAUUCACAGUUGCAAGAGCAGGAACGCAUCAUUACCAUAUCAUACGCUUUGGCUUCUGAAGCCUCUCAGAAGAGCAAGGAGGUAGCAGCUCAUCAGUUGACCUAUCCAUCUAAAGCACCCUCACCUUCUGUACCACAACCACCUCACUCUCCCUUAAGCAAUGGAUUUCACUACACAUUUGUCUAAACACCUUAAAACCAAAGCAGUAAUUGAGCAUUGACAUAAGCCUCAAAGCGAAACCCACCUAGCAAUGCCACAUGGAAGGAAGAAAAGCCCUUGCCCAGCUUUCUGUGGAGAAACUCAGCAGCCGACCACCACGCGUUCCUGUGAACACAUACUCUGAGAAGAAAAGGGGGAUUUUCUGUGAAAACUAAGCAAGUUGCAUAUCRCUUUAUUUUGACUUCAGUUUAGUUCAGACUUUUUAUAUGAAUAAAUGGCACUUUUAACAAACUCUGUAAGAUACUGACAGUGUAUUUUUAGGACAGAAUAUAUUUUAGAUUUUUUUAAUCAAGGGCUGAAUUCAUUUCAAGAGGAACUACUUACAUAAAUGUUACAAGAUGCUGUUACUCCCCCCUCAGGCUUAGAUACACAAUGUCAAGUUGCAUGAAGAAAUGCAAAUUGAACCAUGCUAGAAGCACUUCCAUAGCAUGUGGGUAAAGCUAACUCUGUCCAGAGGUUCACUGCCAGAGUUGCUCGCGAGGGAUGUGUUCUGGAGUUAAUCACUCGCUCUCAUGUCCGUUAAAGGGUUCCUUGCAAGUAGCUUCUAGCCUGUGUUUCUGCAUGUCACUAAUCCCGACUAGCUAAAAUGGUCUGCGAAGGGCAUGAGGACACUUGGUUUUAACUCAGCUUCCUUUUUGAUCCUGAAUGAGGAACUUGCCAUUGUCAACAUACAGUGUGUUACGCUGCUCUGACAGUAAUGCUGUCCCCUCAGUAAUAAACAGCUAACAAAUUAUAUUUUUUCAUAAAAGUUGAGAUGUGGAAGAAAAAACUUUAAUUAAAGUAUGUGAAGYAAGCAAUAAAUGUAAUAGCAUAUAUCAUUUUACUAGUAAAUAUAUAUUUUUUCU